AUGAAUUUGAGUUCACUCAAAAAUCAAAUAACAGAUGUCAAAAAGUCAAACAUAGACAUACAGAAACAAAUAAGUGAAAACGAAAAGAAACUAGAAUAUGACAGACAGACAAAGAAACUAAAUGAGUUAAACGUAGAGAAAAAGAAGAAAGAAGAACAACUGAAAGAACUAAGUACAGAGGAAUAUGCGAAAAAAGUGUCAGAAAAAGCAGCAGAAGUAGCAAAAAUGGAACAAGAUGUUAUAAAUUUGAAAAACCAUACUACUCAAUAUAAAGUACUGAAAGAUGAAGAGAUAAAACAAAAAGCCAUGAAGACAUAUAUGGAUAGCGAUGAGUAUAAAAAAGAAGUUGAAGCAAAUGUAAAGGCAGAAAAACUUUUACAGUUGCAAAACCAAACCGUACAGUAUGAAAACUUAGCACAAGAAAGUAAAAAUAACGACGCAGCCAUGCAAAAGGCAAUGAAAAGCGCAGAAUAUAUAAAAGCUAAUAAUGACUGGUUAGAUGCCCAAGCCAACGCUAAAGCAGCCCAACUUAUAGGGUCAAUAAGGACAAAAAUACAAGCGGAUGAAGACAGUUCAAAUGAAGCUUUAAUGAAUGCUGACUUUAAGAAUGCCUUCGAAGCUCUUCAUAGUAAGGUGAAACUAGUGAACGACUUCUCAUCUGGAAAGAAACUGAAGUCUGAAGGUUUCGACAAAGAGUUAAGAGAAGUAGCACAAAAUAUGACGAAAAUAACAGAUGCAGCAACGAGACAGGCAGUUCAAAGUGCCUAUGACGCCGUUAGAGCAACUGUUGUGGAAAGUCAAGAAAAAGAGUUACAACAGACCAAAACAGACCUAGUAAAUGCUUUCUUAAAAACGAAAAGUCAGGUAGGACAUUAUGCUGCAGAUGGAACAUAUGUGCCAGCUGGUGGAACUUAUAUACCACCAAACCCUCCAAGAGAAGCACCUGCACCAGGACUACCUAAAACAUUUACAUC